UGCAGCUCUUAUACUGAACUACAUCAACCGGACAGGAACAUCGGUCAUGUAAAUCCUGAUGGGAGUGGAAUUUGCGACAAUGCAAUCACUAUUCAGUGGUACCGGUUCGUACGCGCAGCGGGAAACUCCCUCCCGGAAACCUGUCCUCCUACUAACCGCUGCAAAGCGCAUGCGCCUGGGUGGUUAGAAGUAGGCCAUCCAACGGUCGCAGAUGGAGAAGUGACAAGGAAAGUAUGCUACACGUGGAAUGGAAACUGCUGCAAUUGGAGUAAUAACAUUCAAGUAGUAAACUGCGGAGACUUCUAUGUUUACAAGCUGGUGCCCCCAAGUGCAUGUCACUUGAGGUACUGUGGCGAUGGUAAGUACGUGGAUUGGUAACACACCGAUUAGUAUAGCAAGUAAAAUUGGAAUAAAUGCAAACCCAGAGUAGUAUUUUGAUCAAAUGGUGUAGUACAACUGCUGGUAAGCCCUUGCAUAAUAUCAAAUGAUAGUUAUCAAGAUAAUCCAUUAUUUUAAAUUUUAUCAUCUAUUAUGUUUUUUGUAGGCCGAUAAAACUUUAGUGUACAUUAUAUUUGGCUAUGAUAGUAAAUUCGAUAAACAAUAGCUCCUGACCUUAACGUCAGUUAGAGAAAUUGGUGCUAAAAUAUUACUCAACCUACUCCGCUGAAAUGUUCAAAUUUUUGUGUUCCAUUAAUGGUCACAUUAAAUCAGCAUCUAGUUCCAAUUUCUUAUUUUCUUCAUUACCUUUUCAAAAUUGUUAUGAUUCUUUACGUUCUUGUUGCCGAAAACCACUGUGAAUAUUUUUUACAUUUUAUGUGUAAUAUGGUUAAAAUACGUGUAUAAACAUUUAAAUUCAAAACUAUUUAAAACAGAAAUUUAGCAGUACUGUUUCAAAAGGCAAUGUAAAUCUAUCUGAUGGCAAAAAUUUCUGAAAAACAAGACCUCUUUCUUAUAUAUCAAUAUUUCCAAAUUGUUCAUUAAUGCGUUUAUGUGCUAAUUUUAGAGUUUUAAAAUUUAAAAAUUGUAGAGGUUGAUGAAUGCGCAGACGAUGCCCACAAUUGCCACUCUGAAGCGACCUGCACCAACACAGUGGGUUCAUUUACAUGUAGCUGUAACCAGGGAUACACAGGAGACGGG